AUGGCGGCGAUGGACGAGGCGAUGGUCAAGAUGGCGGCAGAGCCACCGACAAUGGCAGAGACCGCCGGGGGAGGUGACGGCGUGGGAGGGGCGAACGGCGGUCACGGCGAGCACGAGUCAGACUCGGAGUGGAUCCAGCUCAACGUGGGUGGAACGAUGUUUGCGACGACGAGGACAACGCUGCGGAUGGAGCCGUCGUCGAUGCUGGCGGCGCUGGCGUCGGGCGAGUGGGUGUCGACCAAGGACGAGACCGGAGCCAUUCUGCUGGAUCGAGAUCCAGCGUUCUUUGGGCCGAUUCUCAACUACCUCCGCAUGGGUAAGCUCAUUGUCUCGCCCAGCAUAUCGUACAAGGGCGUUCUAGAAGAGGCCAAGUUCUUCGACCUUCCGUCGCUGGUAGCGCUGCUCUCGCCGUUGAGCGAGUCAAAGGGCGAGGCGCAGCGCAAGCAUGUGACGACGUACACGACGAUCAAGCACACAACGCGAUCACACGAUUCCCAGUUUCAGUACUCGGUGUACCCCAUUCUGGUCAAGGGUCCGAUCGAGCCGGCAGCCAUGUCGUUUCUCAAUGGCGGCACAUACCCGCCAGCGGUGCGGGUCUUUCCGGCGUCGACAGUGUACGGCGAUCCGCGCGAGGGCUGGUACAUCAAGAACCACUCGCUGGCUGACGUGUUCAACACGGCGGCCGCGUGGGGCUGGGAGCUGAUGACGUCUUCGGGUGAUGGGUCUGGCGGCUCGUGGGGUCAAGAAUCGUCGCACAUCUUUGUUUUUCGCAAGGUCAUCAGCGUGGGAGCCGAUCCGCAUGUGGCAGCUGCUGUGGCAGCUGCACACGCAGCCGAGCCGCCAACAAGCCCAUCACACCACGAGCGGACGUGGUCAAGCGGCUCGGCGAGCUCAGCGCGGGCACGCGGGGAAAGGCAAAGCCCUGCACGUCCGGCGCGGUCGCGGCGUGCGGGACAGCUGGCCGUCUCGUCGCGGCCAAUCACCGGGGUAGAAGUUGUGUCCAUCACAGACGAGACGCACACCGAGCCCGAGCUGGACUCGUCGUCGUCAUCAUAAGACAUGGCAUGGGGGGCAUGAUGAUUUAGGGAGCCGGAAUCGGCGCAAUGCCCUUGCGAUCCUCCUCUUGGGCGAUGACCUAGUCUGCACCUGCGGAGGGCGACAGCGGCGCAGUAGCUAGCCUGGCCGAUCGAGAUGGAGAAGACAACUUUCUCGACCACAGCGUCGGGAUCGGUCGCGAUCAUUACAGCAAGGAAGCGGACAAACGGAAGAGUAGCCUCGAGUGUGGCGAUGGCGUCCGCAGCAAAGUUGGA